CCCAAGUCUACGGCCGGCAGGUACAUGUAGCCUAGGUUAAGUUAGGCCCCACUAAUUUUUAUCUCUAAUCAACUCCAUCUUUCUCGGCUUUUCCUCUGCGACAAUCUCGUCUCCCUCCUCCUUCUCAUCACCUCCACGCCCACGCCCAUAACCAUCGCAAUUCCUGCGCGUCUCUAAUUCUUGAGAGAUAGCGGCCCUCUCAGUCUUAUCAGAUCUCGGUCUCGGCGGCUCUUUUCCCCGUAUCCCGAGGCAACUCCGUUGUCCCCGCGCGCCGCGGUUACGCUAACUGGCUGCUGCAUAUAAUCACGGAGUCAGUCUCCGAUUUUGCGUCCGGUACACUUUCCGAGGUCCACCACCAAACGUCACGAGGAGUGGCCAACGUCCAAGACCAGUCUGCUUUACUAGGAGGCUCAACAAUUAGACUACUCAAAUUCUGACACUGUGAUACCGUUUGCCGGUACUCCAUUGUCCGAACCCGGCUUGUGAACUGUUCCUCCUUGCUAUAACAAGAUAAUAUCAUGGCCUCUCCACCCAAGCCCUGGGAGCAGCCUGGCGCGGCUGCGACUGCUGGUAAGUCGCAUUCAUCAAUUCUUCUCUUUUACCUUCUCCUUUUCCCAUGUCUUUUGCCAGUCACCUUCUCCUGACUCCCCGCAUCAAAGAGCCUUCCUACUCACUAUACACUAGCAGCCUCGCCUAUCUCAUCGUCAGUUGCAUCAGGAACUACAACAUCGAUCACCGAUCCGUCUUCUGCCCCUCCGCUUCCUAGUCGACCUUCUUCUCUCACAUCAACGGUCAAUCAGAACGCUGCCAAUUACAGCAGGAUGAAUUCCUCGCCGUAUAGUUCAAUGGGUGGCGCGUACUCGUCACCAUACUCCAGCCCAUACUCGCGAUUUGGCAUGGGUGGUAUGGGCGGCAUGAGUGGUUACGGUAGCAUGUACGGUGGAGGGUACGGUGGCUAUGGAGGAGGCAUGUAUGGUGGUAUGGGCGGCGGUAUGUACGGUGGUGGCAUGGGAAUGCCAGGCGACCAAAACAGCUUGACCAACACCUUCAACAACAGCACUCAGGCUACCUUCCAAAUGCUCGAGGGUAUUGUCACGGCUUUUGGAGGCUUCGCUCAGAUGCUUGAGAGCACCUACAUGGCUACUCACUCCAGCUUCUUCGCCAUGGUCUCUGUCGCUGAACAAUUUGGUAACCUAAGGGAUACUCUGGGCUCCGUGCUGGGUAUCUUCACAUUGAUGCGCUGGAUUCGCACAUUGGUUGCUAAGCUUACUGGUCGACCGCCGCCCGCCGAUGCGACUGCCCUCACACCAGCUGCAUUUGCACGGUUCGAAGGUCGUAGCGUUGGACCAGAUGGUAACCCACUUCCUGCGAAGGCUAGCAAGAAGCCUUUGCUCUUCUUUGUCCUGGCUGCCUUUGGCAUUCCUUAUCUGAUGUCAAAGAUGAUAAGGACGCUUGCUGCUUCACAAGAGCAGGAGCAGAAGCGUCUUCAGGCCCAGGCCAUGGAAUCACAGCAGCCGGUCGACCCUGCUAAGCUUGAGUUUUGCCGACUCACCUUCGAUUUCCUCCCUCAGCCUAACACAGGCAUGGAGCUCGAGGCGAGAAAGGGUGAUCUUGUUGCCGUCCUAAGUAAAAACGAUCCCUCGGGUAACCCCAGUGAGUGGUGGCAGUGCCGAUCCCGCGACGGCCGCCAAGGCUAUCUUCCAUCCACCUACCUCGAAGUCAUCAAGCGCCCGACACAAGAGCCCAAGAAGAUCAAGGCCGCGCCUAGCGAGAGCAGCCGUACAAACUCCCUAACUAGCUCGAUUAUCCACCCCGAGGAUGGGAAGAGUGAGUAUGCUUCUGCUGACGGCAUGCAGAGGAGCCACUUCUACUCGUAGAAUGCUGUCAGCCACAUUGAAAGCGUUGAUAAUCACAUAUAAAGACGACAGCUGUACGAUUCUGUCUCGGAUAUUGCAAGGGUGCAUUGGUGAUUGGAUCACAAAAGUCAUCACGGAGUUGUUGGAUAGGUUUCUCACACACAUUGUAUUAGUUCCUAGCGUUUGAAUGGUUUCGUCAUGUCCUGCGAUACCUGGGGAAGCAUAACUCCGAUAAAGAUACAUCUAUAUAUUUUCACUUGUUAAGUAAUUACCUCAAUGGCGUUCCUUGGGCAUGAGAUUGUUCGGGGUCAAUGCUCGUGCGACGAAUUCGAUCAAGCAUAUGCAAAUCUCAGAGCACUCAGCAUAAAUUCAUGAACCGCGCAGGCAGACCUUCGAAAUAAUCAUGGCAGCAAGGUCGAAGAUAAGCCAGGGGUUAAACCCUGGAAGUUUUAAUCAUUGUUGAUUUCAGAGUUGAUAGUACUGCUCAAUAACAUAGUUAUCUCGCC